GCCCAACAGGCCAAAUUCCUCAGUGAUGUGGAGAAUGAGCUGGAGGAGCUGUCAGUCACCAUUGCACAGGCCAAGAAGAUGGUGGAGCUCAUUAAGGGUGUUGCCACAAAGGAGAGGGAAAGGGUUGAGAAGCUCUUUGCAGAAGCCACUGAGGUCCUGGCGACCUUCCAGAAGGAGGUGACAAGUUUCAUUGAGGACGGGGAGCGCUCCAUGCUGGGGGAGGCUGAGGCUGAUCUCCGCUGGAAGGAGGAGAGACGAGCCAAGCUGGCCCAGUGCAAGCAAAACCUGGAGAACGUCUCAAGCACUGACACCAUCUGCUUCCUCCAGGAAUUUCAGGCCUUAAAAGUAGCCAUGGAAGAAAACCACUCCCCGGCCUUGAGCUUCCAGAACGAGCUGAACUUCACCAAGUGCACUCAAGCCGUGGGCGCCAUGAAAGAUGUGCUGUCCACUGCCUGCAAAAACCAGCGGAACCACUUGAAGGGGAAAGGAAUUGAUGGGCUGAAUUACCAGGAGAUGGAGGAAGGUUUGUCCAAGUCCCAUUUUCCAGACAAGUCAAACAAUCCUGCCUGCCUGGAGAGCCGUGAUUAUUUCCUGAAAUUUGCCUUCAUCAUUGACCUGGACAGUGACACAGCUGACAAGUUCAUCCAGCUCUUUGGCACCAAAGGGGCCAAACGGGUGCUGUGCCCCAUCCCCUACCCGGAGAGCCCGACUAGGUUCAUCAACUGUGAGCAGGUGCUGGGUUUGAACCUCAUGAACCGAGGCAACUACUACUGGGAGGUGGAGCUCAUCGACGGCUGGGUCAGCAUCGGUGUCAUCGCUGAGGACUUCGACCCCCGGGAAGCUUACAAUCACGGCCGCCUCGGGCGGAACGAGAAGUCCUGCUGCCUGCAGUGGAAUGGACAGAACUACGUGGCCUGGUUUGGUGGCUUAGAAUCUGUCAUCCACCAGCCAUUUUUCCACACAAUCGGGGUCUUUCUGGAGUAUUCAGAAAAGGCCCUAACCUUCUAUGGAGUCAAGGACUCCAAGAUGACCUGCCUGCAGCAGCUCAAGGUCUCUUACAGCAAGGCUCAGCUGGACCCAUUCCAGCACAAGAUCAACCGCCAGUUUGCCUCUCUCUUCUCAUGCAAGCUGAAACCAGCCUUCUUCCUGGAGAGUGUCGAUGCCCACCUGCAGAUUGGGCCACUGAAGAAAGAUUGUGUCUCGGUGCUAAAGCGCAGGUAA